AUGCAAUUAAGUAGUAGCAAUAACCACCAUUGGGUUUUAUUUUGUACAUUACUAUCAUUGUGGUUGAAUGUUGUGUUAUGCAUUGCAGGCACGGCAUCAACGGCAAGCCUCCCUCUAAGAAACUCCUACAAAGAUGACACUUUGCUGAAGCAAGGAUUUAAGCUAUUUCCGAUCAUAUUUCCAGAAUCAUUUGUUAUUAAUUUUAAAGUGACCAAUAGAGAUGAUUCAAACCUCAGAUUUGAAGGAGCAGCUGCCAUAAGAAAGAAGGAAGCAGGACUCUCUCAUAUCAGACUUACCUCGAACACUUUCGUUAGAGAAAUUGUGACAAAUGCAAGAGGUGACAAUAGCCAACAACACAAACAAACUCUUAAAAGAUAUUUCUUUGACUCGAGCAAAUUUGCAUUCCGAGAAGUCACUCAUGAAAAUGGCUCUCCCGUUCCUUCCUCAUCCAAAUUGGCUUCAACUUCACCUUUCGAAUUUCACAAAUUAAUUGAAAUUGUUGAGACGAGAAGCUAUCUGAUUCCAGACGACAGUCCAGUAUAUGAUGUGGCUGUCAAUAAUCUGUGCCCUUCUAGAAAUUUCCACAGAUUGAUUGUAUUUUUUGAACACCAACACUAUGUGUUGUGUAUGGACAAGCAACGAAAACCAUUGGUUGUCACUCACAUUAUUAACAACAAUUUUAUUGUAACUAUUACUAGAUUUAUCGCAGUGAGUGGAGAACAGCCACUUUUAACAAUGCUCAACCCUGAGGAUGAGCAACACUUCCCUCGUGGAACGUUAAAUUUUACCAAGACAGAACAAGAGAAAGUUCUACUAUCAACUCCAAGCUACAAUACACCAAAAGGAGCAUACAUUUUCGAUCACAAAUACUCAUGCUCUCUUGCUUGGCUACGAGAUGAUAAGGUUUGCUCUUCUUUGAAAGCAGAAGACCCUAAGCAAGCAGUAACGAACAGAACAUGCAUUUUCUUACAUGGUGUUGGUCAAUGGCCUUCACAAGCAGGACCUCCAGUCAAUAGCUUCCCUGAUUAUUGGGGACAAAUCAAUUCAUACACACCACAGUGCAAAGAGAGAUGGUUUAUUCGAGAGGAGACCAAGUAUAGAGGAUGGAACAAUACGGAUUUGCAACAAUCAUACUGCAAUGUUUCAUUGAUUAAUAACACUGGAAACAUCAUUCAAAACAAAAUAAUUUUCUCACACUCCAUGGGAACACUCAUCCUGGCUGCAGGAAUUCAAAAUGGUUAUUGUAAAAUAGAUCCAUCGAGCGUUUCUUGGUAUGAUGUCAUGGGUCCUCUUCAUGGCUCUAAAGCAUCUCUAUUCCUUAAAGAAAUAUGUGUGAGAGCAAAUACAUGGACUGACCCAAGCAUCUACAAGAUUGUGGCAGAUGAAGGAGGUUAUUGUAUUGGUGGAAAUUCAACUGAAGUCUUCCCUGCGUAUGGAACAUUAGCUCCAAACUUUCCUGGAAUACAAGACUUAGUCAAAUAUGUUUCUCCAUAUGUUACUGGUCAAAUGUGUGGUACAUCUGCCUAUGGACUUAAUUCAAUUUAUUCUGUGCCACUAUUUUUGUUAAGUGAAGUGGUCGGAUACGGAGAAGUGAACGAUGGAAUGGUACCAGUAUCUUCAUGUCAAGUAUUUCCAGACAAACAACUUUCUCCAGUUUACACAGAUUUAUACUAUGCUGUGUCAGCCAAUCAUGCAGAUGGAACCUGCAGAGAUGGAGAUGCUUGGUGGGGCAACUCAAAACCAUGCUCUUAUUACACAAACAAGGUAUAA